GCCUCCCCGGUGGGAGAAAAGCGUUUUAUGCCGCCUGAGCCUCCCUCCUCCUGGUCGGGGAUCAAGAAUGCCACUCAUUUUGCCCCCGUCUGCCCCCAAAAUAUUCACAACGCUGUGCCAGAGAUCAUGAUGCCAAUAUGGUUCACCUUCAACCUGGAUAUAGUUGCUACAUACAUACAAGAUCAAAAUGAGGAUUGUUUGUAUCUAAACAUCUAUGUUCCAACCGAGGAUGUCAAAAGAAUAUCCAAGGAAUGUGCCAGGAAACCCAACAAGAAAAUGUGUAGAAAAGGAGGGACCCAUGCAAAAAAACAGGGCGAGGAUUUAUCGGAUAACGACGGUGAUGAAGAUGAAGACAUACGAGAUACUGGGGCCAAGCCUGUGAUGGUCUACAUCCAUGGAGGAUCCUACAUGGAGGGGACGGGCAACAUGAUUGAUGGAAGCGUCCUGGCCAGCUACGGAAAUGUCAUCGUUAUCACUCUCAACUACCGUGUUGGAGUCCUCGGCUUCCUCAGCACAGGUGACCAGGCUGCUAAGGGUAACUACGGGCUACUGGACCAGAUCCAGGCUCUGAGGUGGAUCAGUGAGAACAUCGGCUUCUUUGGAGGAGACUCCAACCGCAUCACUGUGUUCGGUUCUGGGAUUGGGGCUUCCUGUGUCAGCUUGCUCACCCUUUCCCACCACUCUGAAGGUCUCUUCCACAGAGCCAUCAUCCAGAGUGGGUCAGCUCUGUCCAGCUGGGCAGUGAACUAUCAGCCAGUCAAGUACACGCGUCUUCUAGCGGAGAAAGUGGGGUGUAAUGUCCUGGACACCCUGGACAUGGUGGACUGCCUGAGAAAGAAGAAUUCCAGGGAGCUGGUGGAGCAGGACAUCCAGCCCGCUAGGUACCACGUGGCCUUUGGACCUGUCAUCGACGGCGACGUCAUCCCUGAUGACCCCGAGAUCCUGAUGGAGCAGGGUGAGUUUCUUAACUACGAUAUCAUGCUGGGCGUCAACCAAGGCGAGGGGCUGCGGUUCGUAGAGAACGUGGUGGACUCAGAGGACGGCGUCUCUGGCAACGACUUCGACUUUUCUGUGUCAGACUUUGUGGACAGUCUGUAUGGCUACCCGGAGGGCAAGGAUACGCUGCGAGAGACCAUCAAGUUCAUGUACACAGACUGGGCAGACCGGGACAAUCCAGAGACCAGACGCAAGACCCUGGUGGCUCUUUUCACCGAUCACCAGUGGGUGGAGCCGUCUGUGGUGACAGCUGAUCUGCACGCCCGCUACGGCUCGCCCACCUACUUCUACGCCUUCUACCAUCACUGCCAGAGCCUGAUGAAGCCCGCCUGGUCAGAUGCCGCACAUGGGGAUGAAGUGCCCUAUGUUUUUGGGAUCCCCAUGAUCGGCCCUACUGACCUCUUCCCCUGUAACUUCUCAAAGAAUGAUGUAAUGCUCAGUGCUGUGGUCAUGACCUACUGGACCAAUUUUGCCAAGACUGGGGACCCCAAUAAACCGGUUCCCCAAGACACCAAGUUCAUCCACACCAAGGCCAACCGUUUUGAGGAGGUGGCCUGGUCCAAGUACAACCCCCAGGACCAGCUGUACCUGCACAUCGGCCUGAAGCCACGCGUGCGCGACCACUACCGCGCCACCAAAGUGGCCUUCUGGAAACACCUAGUGCCCCACCUGUACAACCUCCACGACAUGUUCCACUACACCUCCACCACCACCAAAGUGCCCCCGCCUGAGACCACCCAGAACACUCUGUCCACCAAGAGGCCCAACGGGAAAACGUCUUGGCCCUUCAACACCAAGCGGCCUCCCAUGUCUCCAGCCUACAACAGUGAGGACAAAGACUCUUGGAGCGAUGACGAGGAGACGGGGCCGCUGGUGGUGGAGAACCCCCGGGAUUACUCCACCGAGCUCAGCGUCACGAUCGCCGUGGGAGCCUCACUGCUGUUCCUCAACGUUCUGGCCUUCGCAGCGCUCUACUACCGCAAGGACAAGCGACGGCAGGACUCUGGCCACGGGCAGCCCAGCCCUCAGCGCCAGACCACCUCCAACGACAUUGGCCACCACGCACCCGAGGAGGAGAUCAUGUCGCUGCAAAUGAACCAGACGCACCAUGAGUGCGAGGCGGGGAACAGCAACGAGGGGGCGCUGCGUUUGGCCUCGCUACCCGACUACACGCUCACCUUGCGACGCUCCCCGGACGACAUCCCCCUCAUGACGCCCAACACCAUCACCAUGAUCCCCAAUUCCCUGGUGGGCAUGCCCAACUUGCACCCCUACAACACCUUCACAUCCGGUUUCAACUCCACCGGCCUGCCGCACUCCCACUCCACAACCCGCGUAUAGCUUUAAGGAGGCCAGGGGCAGCCAACGCAGGAAAGGAGGAGCUGGUGGUGAUGGCGGC